AUGUUGUUUCAGAAUAUCUCAUUAUUGCAGCAUGACAUCUCUGUUUCAGAUUCCUUGUCACUAAGACUGUUUAGGAGUAUGGUGGGGACAUGGAAUAGCCCAAGUUGGUUCAACUAUCAGGGAAUGCGCACAAGUAGUGUAACCCUCGCAUUGCCUGAGAAUUGGUAUGUAUCGGAUAAGUUCUUGGGGUUUGCUGUAUGUUUCUCUGGCAAUGUAAUUGAUUCCAUCACAGCUCAUUUGAUUCCCUCAUCAUGUGAUGAUGGGAUGUCGUCGAUGACCCAGCAAUUUGCCUUAUCCUACAAUCCACAUUGUGGUAAUAAUUUUUUGUUGAUACCUCUUGGUGGCUUAUGGGAUGAAUCUAAUGCAAAUGGAAAAACACCAAAUGACUAUGGGUGCAUUAGGUUAUAUUUUUCUAGAGAAAUAGGUAAAUAUGGAGUUCGUUUGUUGUAUAAAGAUGAAGCUGAGCUUCAAAUUGGGAUAAGGAAGAGCAGAUAUGAAGAAGAGGCCACUUGCUCCUCUUCUAAGAAACAAAGGCAACUCUUGCAGCUCUUUCCCACAAGCCCAGGAUUAUAG